AUGCACUGCAGUCUGAGGGGGGCGGGGGGGGAGGAGGAGGACCCCCCCGACGUGGUCUGGCUGCUGGACGGAGAACCGGUCCAGUACGCGGACACAAACCAGUUCCAGGUUCCCACUGGGAGCAACAGCUGGACCAUCAUGAGCACGCUCAGAAUUGAGAAGGUCCACCUGACCGACAUGGGCUCCUACAGAUGUGCGACAACAACUAAACAGGCCAAGCAGAUGUCUGUUUGUGCAUCUGUUGGUUCGUCUGUGCGCCCGUUUGUGCACCUGUUUGUGCAUCUGGUUGUGCGCCUUUUUGUGUGUCUGUCCGUGCAUCAGUUUGUGCGCCUGUUUGUGCACCUGUUUGUGCGCCUGUGCGUUAUAGGGCUGUUGUUGUUGUUGUUGUUGUUUUUUAAAGCCAGCCAGCUGUCCAGCAGCGGCCGGCGUCCAGGGCGCGGCCACCAGGACCAGGACCAGGACCGGGACCAGGACCGGGGCCAGGGCCGGGGCCAGGGGCCACCGGGCCGGGGCCGUCGCGCGCCCUCUGGGCGGGCCACCGGCGGGAGCGGGGGUUUUACGCACGGGCUCCAUCAGCGCAUCCCCGGCCGGUUCUCCUUUGCUCUGUGCCGGACUGCGAGCAUCCGCGCCCGCCGGGGACCCGGAGCCUUUCGAUUCCGCUUUUUUUCUGUUCCUGAGGACAGGCUGAUGAAAGAAGAAGAAGAAGAAAAAAGAAAAAAAAGGCGAGAAAAGCUCCGCUCGGCUCGAGAUGCCCCUAAAACUGGCUCUUUGGACCGGUCAUCAUCAUCCAGACGAGUGUCCGGCUCUGGAUCGCCACGCGACAGGGACGCGGUGGAGGGAGGGAAGGAGGGAGGGAGGGGGGGGGACACAGAGGGGGUCCUGGACGAGAAAGAGGGGUUCGACUAA